AUGCUUGCUGAUUACCAUCGGGGAGCCGGCGUUGUACCGUCGGUCAGAGCCGUCGGCUCGGCCUCCGACCCGCAUUACACGGGCGUCGUGCUGGUGGUUGCUGAUUGGCCCGAUGGAUGGAUACCUGCCGAGUUCUCUCGAUGUGAUAGAAAACGCGAGACUCAGGCUCGCCCCCCAGAUGUGAAUGGUUCAAUAUGUGACAGAAUCGGUGACCACGGUGCUUGGGUUGGCCAGUGA